GUGGACAAAUGUAUAGGUUCACGCAUUCAUAUUGUUAUGAAGAGCGAUAAAGAAAUUGUUGGAACGCUUCUAGGAUUUGAUGACUUUGUCAAUAUGGUGUUAGAAGACGUUACAGAAUUUGAGAUUACACCCGAGGGCAGAAGAAUCACAAAGCUAGACCAGAUUUUGCUAAAUGGAAAUAACAUAACAAUG